CAUAAAUUUUAGUAUAUUUUAGUGCAUAGAGUUCUCAACAUCAAAAUUUAAAUGAAUUAUUGUUGCCAUAGAAAGCAAAAUAUGAAUCAAUCUAAAAUUUCAGGUUCUGUGCAACAAGGAAGUGGUACUAACUUAUACGACCACGCUCCGGCAGGUUCUAUUCUUUCUCCAGUGAAUUAUAUCAUACGGAAUCCUCAUGCGCAAGUUGCAAAGCCAAAAAUAUAUAAGUUGGUGCUCGCCUUGUACGAUUUCAAAGCCACACAAUAUGCUUGGGGCAUUUCAUUCAAAGAGGGUGACAAGAUGGUCAUCUUUAGGGAAUCCAAUAAAAACUGGUGGUUUGCUCGAAACUUGAGGACCAAACAAGUGGGACACGUCCCUUCCAACUUUGUCGAUGACGAGCAAAAUGUGAUCAAAGGCGAAGUUUGGUUCUUUGGCCACACUAGUAAGGAAGAAGCGGUAAAUUUGUUGCUAACGGACGGCAAUCCCCGCGGAACGUUCCUUAUCAGAAAGUCUACAUUGAACCCAAAAAACUAUGUGUUGAGCGUGAGGGAAAAGGUUGACCAAGUCAGGCACUACGAAAUCAUAGCGAUCCCCGCCAAGGCACAGUUUUACAUCGUGGACAAUCAACCCUUCCUAACCCUACAGACUCUCGUAAAAUUCUACAGCAAAAAUCCAUAUGGAAUUUUCUGCAGACUGACUCGACCAUGUCCAAAACCGCUGCCAGGAAUGUGGGAAUCAACUAUUGAAACUAUUAGAGAGAUCGACUUGGAAACAAUUUUACCUGUCUUGAAGUUGUCCCUGGCCAUAUUCGUUCUCAUGACAAUCUUUACAUUGUAUUCUCACCCUCUAACUGACCGAUAUGUUUACUUAUUCAAACAGUAUUAUAAAAAAACCUUCAGAAGACAAAGAUAUGAUUGAAAUAUUUGGACAAAAUUUAAUAUUUAUUUAACGUGAUUUAACGCAACUUUUUAAUAAUAAUAAAAAAACUAAUUACGUUUUUUUUUCAUUCUUAUUCUAAUCACACUGGUCCUAGAAGUUGCUAAAAGCUCAAAAAUUCUUGUACAAUCAUUACAAUCUGCGUAUUGUUGAUUGUUGUGAAAGCUUUGGAUUUAAGCGCAGAGCAAAAAAAAAAGCACUUUCGGUUUGGGUCUCGUUGGCCCUCGGUUCAGUCCCUCAUCAAUCACGCGGCGUCGAUGGUCUGUCGUCGGCGGCAUAAUUGUUUUAUUAACUCGUCUGAAACACAAUCAGCCGUAUAGUUUUGACAAAUGGAUUCGCUCAAUAAGUGACGGCGCAAAAAGUAUUGAAUUUGACAAAGAUUUAUGGUGCUCGGGCCCUUUUGCAAUUAAUGAGACUGAACGAGAACCAGCAGAAAAAUAUUAAGGGCAGAGUAAGUAGAUGCUUCCUUUCCUCGCUCUCCAUUUUUAAUCUGUUGGUUAAUAAAAAAUAAACUAGUUGAAAUUUUAUUACACAGUAAAAUAAAUUUUAUUAAAAUAAAUGGCUCAAUCUAAUUCAAUGAUCCUUAAAUAUUUAUUUU